AUGCCUACCCAUCCAGGUCAACAUGCCAAUCGUCCAGUGUCUAGUCCAUUGCAACUGCCUAACUCUCCACUUUUGUCACCAAAUCCUGGAGUGGCAAAUUUCUAUCCUCAGUUGUCACCAGGAGGGACCAUGAGGGGCCCAAUGACUGUCCAAUCACCAAUUCCUGGGGGGCAGAUUCCUCAUUUGGUUCCAAGUGGAGCCUUCCGUCAGCCAAUGGGACAACCAAUGCAGCAGAUUCUUAGUCCCACAACUCCCAUCUCCAUGGGAAUGCCACUUAGCUCCAACAUCUUCCAUGUAUCAACUAUGGCUGGCCCAACACCAGUAUUUGCUGCAUCUCAGCAGGGCAUGACACAGUUUCAGCCAAUCUUUCUCAGUGGUCAGCAAGCCGCCAUCAUUAAUUCAGUGCCCGGUAGUCCUGGUGGUAUAGGUAUCUUGGGAACAACACAGAAUAAUGGCAUUCCAACAGGACUGUUUACAGCAGGCCCUCCCCCCGGGAGCCACAAUGCUGUACAAACCUUGCAGCAUCAACCCAUUCAAUAUCUAAAUCCACCCAUAUCGCCUGCAAGUCAUGGUCCCCCGUCCAGGCCAGGGUCCUUUCCAGGACCUGAUACUGAAAUGCCAACUGACUUGAGUAAAAAGACUCCAUCAACAUCUAAAUGUAAUACUCCUGAUAUGCCACCUGUGUUGGUCCCAGUGACUAACUCUAGUUCAAACCCAAAUACUCCUGUUCCGGAUAAACCUACUGUAGAAACUACUAAGAAGGAGCCAAACUCUAAAGAAAAACUGGUGGAAAACAACACCAAAACACCUGAUAUUACUAGCAAGACAGAAGAAAAAAAGGGAGAUAAAUCUAGUCCAGAAAGUAGUACCAAGUAUGAUAAAAUUGACACAGCUGAUUAUACAGCAGAUGGGGUUCCAGUAGAAUAUGCUGAACCUGAGUUUGUAUGGGAGGAGUACCUACAGGAGACUGGGGCUGCUGCUGUGCCCCCAACAGCCUUUAAACAUGUGGAAUGUAGUGUUGAAAGUGGUUUUGUGAAAGGCAUGAAGCUGGAGGUUCCCAACAAAUGUCAUACAGACACAUACUGGGUAGCCUCGGUCAUCAUGACGUGUGGCCCAUUGUUACGGCUUCGGUAUGAUGGCUAUGAGGAAGAUACUACAGCAGACUUUUGGUGUGAUCUUAUGACCUCUGAAAUCCAUCCCAUUGGUUGGUGUGCACAGAACAACCAAAUACUGCAACCUCCAGAAGCCAUUAAGGACAAAUUUGAUGAUUGGAGGGAGUUCUUAGUCAAGUCCCUAACAGGGGCCAGAACAGCCCCUUCUUAUCUUCUUGAUAAGACCACAGGCAUCACCCCCAUUGACCAACUAAAACAGGGCAUGAGGCUAGAACUGCAGCAUCCUAUCAACCCCAUGGAGAUAUGGCUUGUCAAAAUUAUAGAAAAUGUUGGUGGUCGACUGUAUCUUAGGUUUGAAGGAGCUGAUACUGCAGCUAAUGACUUCUGGUUGUUUUAUCUAAACCACAGACUACACCCCAUUGGCUGGGCCAAGUCAAAUGCAUAUAGAUACAAUCCACCUAAAGAACUCUUUAGUGAGCACUCCGAGCAAGAAUGGAUGCAGAUUCUAGAAAAAGCCUUACAGGAAUCAGAGAAUAUGAUACUACCAUUGGCCAUAUUUAAGGAUCAGGUGGAAAUCAUCCAUCAUACUUUCCAGAAGGGUUGGAAGCUUGAAGCACUAAACCCCAUUACACGUAACCAGAUUUGUCCGGCUACAGUGGUAGACAUCUUGGACAAGAAGUACUUUCUGGUGGAACUAGAUGACCUACAGUCUGCUGAUCCACAUUUCCGUAUCCGAUUCUCUUGCUACUCUGAUUCUAAGUGCAUCUUCCCCGUUAAAUGGUGUCACUACAAGGGACUCAAGCUAACUGCUCCUAAAGGCUGGCCUAAGGUGGAUUUUAACUGGACAGAGUAUCUUGAAUACACUCGUGGAAAGGCAGCACCAGAAUCCUGUUUUAAUCUAGACAAACCAGAUCAUCAGUUUGAGCGUGGGAUGAAGUUGGAAGCUGUCAAUCCUGAAAAUCCAAAUUUAAUAUGUGCUGCAACAAUCACAAAGAUAGUGGAGCCACUGGUUUGGAUUCAUCUGGACAAUAGUGCACGUGUUGUGGCAAGUCAUAUCGAGCAUGUAGAUUCACACAACCUGUUUCCAGUCGGCUGGUGUGAGAGCAAUGGCUACCAACUGAAGCCGCCUAGGAAAACAGGACUGAAAGGACGUCCACAGAAGCGUGUGGCUGUGGUUCCCCCAGGACUUCCAGAUAAUCUAACUGAUGAAGCUUACACACAGUUAAGAAAUGGUGAUAGUGCAGGGAAUGCUUGGUGUCCAAAGAUCUACUACAACCAUCAGUGUUUCUCUGGCCCCUACCUUAGCAAAGGUCGCAUAGCCCUGCUCCCCAAGUGUGUUGGCCCAGGCCCCAUCUCCCUGGUGAUGAAGGAGGUGCUCUCCAUGCUGAUCAAUGUUGCUUACAAAUCUUGUCGUGUCCUGAGGGAGCUCCAGGUUGAGGGUAAAAUCAAUCCCAACAUGAUGCAGCAAUCACUCAAAGCCAAGUAUAAAGGAAAGAGUUACCGUGCUAUGGUGGAGAUCUGUAGGACCACAGAUCAACUAGAAGAAUUCUGUCGGUCUGUCUGUAUCAAGCUGGAAUGUUGUCCAAACCUCAUCAGUCCAAAUUUUGUCAAUGGCAGCUGUCCUGAAUCAUGUGCACAACUCACAAAGACCAAAUACACCUACUAUUAUGGAAAGAAGAAGAAAAAGUUAGGCCGACCACCGGGUGGUCACACAAACUUGGAGCAUGGUCCCAAAAAGCCCGGAAAACGUGGCAGACGAAGAAAGAUAAGGUUGUUGCAUUUGAAUGAGGCUCCAUUAGGUAUACUGCCAGAUUUAGAGAAAGAGGAAGAGAAUGGUGAUGAGGACAAAGAGAGUGUAGCUAGUGAUACACAUACUGUAGACAGCAGUGGUACAAAUGACUCUACUGAGAAAAUAAUCAAACGCAAAUCAGGAAAGUACAAUAACAAAAGGAAAUAUACUCAUCAUCUUCCCCCGCCAUCAGAGAUUAAAACCAGAGGUGCUAAAAUGCCAAAAUACAGUUUUGAGCGAAGGACUCAUAAGAAGAUUCUCAUCACUCCUGGGUCAUCACCAGUGAAAUCCCUUAAUCAUGGAAAGGGCCAAGGCUCAAAGUUGAUACAUUCCCACAGCAAAGUGGUUAAGGAGGAAAAGAAGGAGCCUAAGGAAGUCCUACAUUUAGAGUCUAACCCACUGAAUUGGUCUGUGUCAGAAGUGGUUCGAUUCAUCAAAACCACCGACUGUGCUCAUCUAUGUCGACUUUUCAAAGAUCAGGAGAUUGAUGGCCAAGCACUGCUGCUACUGACUCUUCCAACAGUACAGGAACAUUUGGAGCUCAAACUAGGACCUGCCAUUAAACUUUGCCAUCAGAUUGAAAAAGUCAAGAUUGCUUUCUAUGACCAGUAUGCUAAGUGA